UAAUAGAGAAAAUGACCGAUGACGAUGUCAUAUUUUUUAAUCGGUGUUUAUUAUUGGCCAAGCUAUGAUUGAUCAAGCAUACUAAUCCAUUGUAGAUCAAGCUACUCGAUCUAAAUGUCAAUUUACCAGAGUAGGCCUAGAUUUAUAUACAUUUAGUACAAAGAUCUAGCUAUAUAACCCAACAUUAUAAAGCCAAGAUGGAUGAAAAUCUAGCUUCAAACCCAUUUGCUGCACUUUUCUCAUGUAUUGAGCAAGCUAAAGCUUUUCAAGAACAAAAUUCAGUCAAUAAUGAAAACCCUAAUGGUAAUGAUAAUUCAGAAUUGAAUUCUCCAAUAGAGACUGUCAAAGAUGAAACACAAGAGAUCAAUAAGCUUGCAGAAAAUAUAUUCAGAAUAUCUUUACAGCCAGAAUCUACCAAACAGGGUAGAAACAUCAGAUAUUCACCUGAAAUAGCCAGUAUCUACAACAAGAACCCAUUCAUCAACAGUAACAAUUUAAAACAUGUUGUAUUUGAAGUGUUAAUGAUGGAUGAGGAUGUUGAAGAGUUUGAGAUAAAACACGAACUGGAUGAUGAACGUGAGCAGGUGUUUGACAACCACAUUAUUGAAAAUUCAGAAGUUUUGUCCUUUUUGUAUUCUUCUUACAGGCGGCUUUUAAUGCAAAAUGAAGUUUUUGAGAAAACUGGUUCAGCAAUUACCUUGGAGUUUUUGAAAGAAUGCAGAGAUGUCAUUUUGCAAAAUGCCAGUAUGUGCUUUCAACAGCCUGAAGUUUAUCAGAACCAAGAUUUUGUCAGCCAGUUUAUAAAUCUUUGUUUAGAAGAAGAUUUACCAUUGCAAGACCCAAACAACAUACCCUGUCAGUUUCUACGAGAAGUUUCUGAAGCAAUAGAAAGUAACAGUGAACAAGGAUCACUCAUGCAUUCAUUCUGGCCAAUAUUACAAGAAGUUCAAAUGAGGUUAAUUAAAGAUAACAUGACUAUUGUUCACAAACAUGCUACCAAGUAUGUGAAAGUUCUACACUUUUUUACAGGCACACCAGCAUUAGCAAAGUUUUUUUUGUCUGCUAACACUCCAGAACUUACUCAAAACUUGAGUGGAAAAGCAUUUGAGAUGACACCAAUAGGGGCAGUGUUGAGCCUAAGCAUUCUACCACGAGGGGAAAAUGAGCCUUUUAAAUUUUUUUCAAAGCCCUCGAAUCAAAGCAAAAAAGAGGUGGACAUGGUGGAACAAAGUGUUUGGAGGGCAACUGAAGGAUUAGUCAAUGGCAUUCAUAAGAUAUUUGUAGAUCUCAUGAAAAUAACACCUGAACUAAAACACAACACAUUGUGCUGGUUGGGACAGUGUCUUCACAGAAAUUCUGGUCGAGCAAAAUUGUGGGCCAGUAACCUUCCUGUAGAUCUGUUUGUUAGUGAUGCAUUUGCAGUGAAUAUCACCCAUGUGCUCUUGUUGUUCUGCAAACCCUUUUCUAAUCCAAGUUCAUCCAAGUUGCUAAAAAUACAACCCUCUUACACCACAGUUGUUGUGACUAAUGACGAAGAAAUGAUGCGCAGAUCUGUUCAUCUUAUUGGAAUGACAAAAGAAACAUUUCUGAUUCCUCCACAAGAUGUACAGAGAGUAGAAGAAGAUGACACUUUUACAUUUAUUACUGAAUGUUUUUUUAUUGCUCACAAAGCUAUCCAGGUUUUUCUUCAACCUGUGCUUAGUCGUCUGUUGACUGUCAAUAGGGAUCUCCAUCAAAUACAAAGGUUGUACAAUGAAGUAAUACAGCAGUCUUCAGGGAAUGAAGAGCCUGUACUCAAUAUCAAAGCCAGAAUGGAAAAAGCAAUGUCAUUUUACCUAAAUCGCAAAGCUGCACUGACACAACCAGAUCUGUUGUCUGAAGCCUUCAGUUUUCAAAUAGCAUCAGCCUCCUGGCUUUGUCUUGUUGCUACAAUUGAGUUGCCUAAAGCUUCUGAAGUGGAUUUAAAAAUGAAACUACCAGAGCUGACAUUUCCACUCUCUGAGGCUGUGCCCAGUACAUUAUCCUGUAUACCUGAGUGUAUUGCUGAAAACAUUUGCCAUCUCAUUAACCAUAUCUACAGAUACGAUGAUAGGAUCUUAGAGUCAAAAGAGAAAAAUAUUGAGCAUCUCUUGUCUUUCAUACUGGUGUUUAUGCGUUCAUCAAAAAGAAUGAAAAACCCCCACCUUAGAGCUGAACUAGCCGAAAUGCUUGCUUCACUUAUGCCUCUACAGCCUAAUGAAGUUCACCCUGACAGACUCACUGGAUCUCAGCUUUUCAGAGGAGAACUUUUUGAAAGCCACCCCCAUGUGGCCUACAUACCAGAGACCUUGCUGCAUGUGUUUGUCAGCAUUGAAAUGACUGGUGAAAGUGUUGCCUUCGAGCAGAAGUUCAACUACAGAAGACCCAUGUACAACAUUUUGAAAUAUUUAUGGAACAUUCCUAAGCACAGGCAAAAGUUGAAGAGCCUGGCUGAUGAUGCAGAAAAGAAUAUCAUGUGUUCAGAACCUCCUUUGUUCCUGAGAUUUAUUAAUUUACUUGUCAACGAUGCAACUUAUUUAUUAGAUGAAGCUCUUAUAUGUAUGGGUCAAAUAAAAGAAAAACAGAUGGAGCGAGACAGAGGAGAAUGGAGUCGUUUACCUGAAGCACAGAGGCACCAGGAGGAGGCCAGCCUCCAGCAUUUAUCACGUUUAGCUCAGUUUCACAAUGUCAUGGGGAGCUCAACAAUCAGCACCCUAAGGAUGAUAACAGAGGAAAUAACAUCAAUCUUUUGUCAUCCAACUUUUGUUGACCGCAUAGCGAGCAUGCUCAAUUAUUUUCUCUGUAGAUUGGUUGGACCAAAACAGAAAAGUUUCACAGUUAAAGACAAAGAGAAUUAUGAAUUCAAACCUCAGGAAACCGUCUCAAAUAUUUCUGCAAUUUACCUUAAUCUACAAUCAAGUGAUGAUUUCUGCCAAGCUGUCUUUCAAGACGAAAGAUCUUUUUCUCCAGAAUUAUUUAUUCAGGCCUCCCAAGUAAUGGAGAAAAUAGGAGAAUCUCCACAGGCCAUCUAUGACUUUAUGCAGCUUCAAGACAAACUCAAGACAAUGCAGACAACAAAAUUAUCUGAAGAGCAGGCACUAGCAGAUGCUCCUGAAGAGUUCCUUGAUCCUAUAAUGGGGACUCUAAUGACAGAUCCAGUCAUGCUCCCUUCAUCACACAACAUUGUUGAUAGAAAUGUUAUUGCUCGCCAUAUUUUAAGUGACCAGACAGAUCCUUUCAACAGACAGCCACUAUCCUUGGACAUGGUCAUACCACAAGCAGAACUUAAAGCUAAAAUUCAGGCCUGGGUAGCUGAAAGGAUGAAAAGUUUAUAAUCAAACAUGAUAUAUAUCUAUAUAUACAGACAUUUACGUCAAGAGUAAUUUAUCUGGUGCAGAGUUCCGAGGUUAUUAAAAUGUUCGAUGUUGUUUGGUUGUUUUAAUGAACUUUUAUUUUGUUUUUACUCAUACAUACGAUACUUUGCAUAUUUUCUAAGCUAUUUUCUGCCUGUUUACUUUUUCUGCCUUAAAACUUGGUAACUCAUUUAUCCUGUGUAUAUCUGUCUGUCAGACCAAGCUGUUGUCAGUGUUCAACCUGCAAUCACAUACUCAGAUUUGGCAGAUAGAAAAAAAUAACUUUCUUCAUUUUCAAAGUGUCACAGACAGCCUGAAGGUUUUUUAAAUAGAUUAAUGGUUUAGUUUUUAUCUCUGCUGGCUGCACUUUGAAAUUAUAAUGGCCAUUAUUUAGCCUGUUUACUUAUUGUCAUUAGAUAGGUAAAUAUUGGAGAGUUGUUAGUCAGUUCCUUCCUAGAAGUUAGUUUAAAGAUUUACCUAGCCUCAAAAUGUUUCUAUUUCUAGUUGAUGGCAUUUUAUUUUUCUUUAGAUUUCCUCUAAUAUUCCACCCACACCUUUAUUCCUAUUAUCAAAAGCUCUUCAGUUUUAUACAUUUUUACCUGAUCUUUCUUGAUGGCAUAAAAACUAAUUCUUACAUUAGCUUCAUCAUUUCUGUUGAUGAAGUAAAUUUAAUUGGAACUCUAGUCGCAAACUAAUCAUUUAAAUGAAAGAAAGUUUAGAAGACUUCAAUGAAGUAACUUUGUUCAAGAAGUAUUUCUCAUUGUUUGACUGAACACUUGAUCUGUUUUAAAAAUCAGUUUUGAGAAGCUACGAUAGGAUUAUGUUUACAUUAUAAAACAAACACAAGUGAGCCAUGUACUGUAUAUGAUUCAUGGACUAUAAAACAUUUAAGACUUAAUUUUUUUAAAUCCAAAAAAUUCUGUGAUGUUUUAUUUAAUUUACAGUUAAUGCCAUGAACAUGUUAUAAUUGUAUUGUGUGUGUUGGAUACAGGAGAGUUCAGCCUGGUGGAGCUUGUCUUUUUUUUGUUUUAAUUUAAACAAAUGUAUUUAAUUUUGAUUCAGUUGUCAGAAUUAAAAAUAAGUGAA